AUGUAUGUAUACUGCAAAUGUGGCUGUCUCUCUGUUGCGAAAGAGAUGUUUGACAAAAGGCCUGUAAAGAACUUGUUUUGCUGGAAUGUUAUGAUCAAUGGCCUUGUCGGGGAUGGUAAAUAUGAUGAGGCUGUUGCACUGUUCCGUGAGAUGCAGCAGAAGAAGAUUGAAGGGGAUAAGGUGACCAUGGCAUGCUUGCUCCUCGCUUGUACGCAUUUGGGCACCCUGGAGCUGGGAAGGUGGUUACAUGGCUACAUCGAGAUGCAUAAGAUUGAGAUGGAUGUUGCUUUAGGAACAGCACUGGUGGACAUGUAUGCAAGAUGCGGAAGCAUAGAGAGUGCCCAGCAAGUUUUUGAGGAGCUGCCGGAGAAAGAUGUUAUGACCUGGACUGCUCUGGUUGUAGGACUAGCUAUGUCGGGCCUAGGAGAAGAGGGUUUGAAGUUCUUUGAUCGGAUGCCGGAGGAAGGACUAAAACCAGAUGCCAUAACAUUUAUUGGCGUCUUGGCUGCUUGUAGCCAUGCUGGAUUGACAGACAAAGGAGUUGCAUACUUCAACUCAAUGGCUGAGAGAAGUAUGGAAUUCAUCCCACCAUUGAACAUUAUGGAGGUUUGGUGGAUGUACUCGGCCGAGCUGGCAGAAUAG